GCCCUGCCUGAUGCGCUCACUCUCUGUCCCCGCCCCUAGGCGGUCACCCGCAGGGCCAAGGUGGCUCCAGCCGAGAGGAUGAGCAAGUUCCUGAGACACUUCACCGUCGUCGGGGAUGACUACCAGGCCUGGAACAUCAACUACAAGAAAUGGGAGAAUGAGGAGGACGAGGAGGAGGAGCCGCCACCCACGCAGGCCUCUGGCGAGGAGGGGACAGCCGCAGACCCCGAGGCUGCCCCUGUCUCCUCGCCCCGGCCUCCCCGCGACUUCAGGGCCACAUUGAGGAAGCUCUUCAGCUCCCACAGGUUUCAGGUCAUCAUCAUCUGCCUGGUGGUCCUGGACGCCCUCCUGGUGCUCGCCGAACUUAUCCUGGACCUGAAGAUCAUCCAGCCCGACAAGAACAAUUACGCUGCCAGGGUGUUCCACUACUUGAGCAUUGCCAUCUUGGUCUUCUUCAUGAUGGAGAUCUUCUUUAAGAUAUUUGUCUUCCGCCUGGAGUUCUUUCACCACAAGUUUGAAAUCCUGGAUGCAGUUGUGGUGGUGGUCUCGUUCGUCCUCGACAUUGUCCUCCUGUUCCGGGAGCACGAGUUUGAGGCUCUCGGCCUGUUGAUUCUGCUCCGGCUGUGGCGGGUGGCCCGGAUCAUCAACGGGAUAAUUAUCUCGGUUAAGACACGAUCAGAACGGCAACUCUUGAGGUUAAAACAGAUGAAUAUCCAGUUGGCUGCCAAGAUUCAACACCUUGAGUUCAGCUGCUCUGAGAAGGAACAAGAAAUCGAAAGGCUUAACAAGCUGCUGAGACAGCAUGGACUUCUUGGUGACGUGAACUAGACCUGGACCCGCCCCACUGCAAAGAGAAGACCCUGCCCCGACUCCUGGGGCCACCUGGGGAGAGGUGUAGUCGGACACCUUGCCACACCCCUGCCCUGCUUAGACUGUGGGGCACAGCCCGUCAGGAGGCUCUUUGCUCUUGGCACGAGAGCCACCCACCCCACUCCCACCCUGCGCUAUAACAAAUGUACCAGCUGAGU